AUGGAGGAUGAGGCGAGAAUCCAACUCACUAACGUGCUGGCGGAAAUAAGCAAACUUAGAGAAAGGGCCACAGAAACAAGAACAAAACAAGGGGGCGUCAUAUCCAAUUAUGAUGCUCUUCGGCUCAAUAGACAAUUCAACAAGCUCUUGAAACGAGCUGAAGAAUUCGCGAAGAAAGCCAACGUUACCUUGCCGGAAAAAACAGAGCAAGUACUCGUAACCAUCAAGACUCCUCCUUUCCCAAACAAAAUAAAACAGGUUGAAGUCCAGGCAGAUGGAACUUCCAAAGGAAUCAACUCAAGCAAUUUCUGUGAACGGAAAUUGCAACGACUAAGAUCGGAUGGUAAUCUACAUCGGGCUGCUACAUGCAAUAGUGAAUUGGAUUGGAUUUGCUCCCUGCGAGGAUAG